CCCGUUCGCCUCACUUUGACCUCCUCUGCUGCUUCAUCGACUCACCAUCGCCCUCGCUCAACUCGCUCAACUCGCUCAACAAAGCCCAUUCCUCCCUCCCCCUCCGAGAUCACGCUACCCAGGCGCCCGCCCAACCUUAUUCCGUGCCUGUUGAGGCUGCAGAAACACGCCAAUUCCUGCACACGUGUCCCCGGGCACGCCUUCGGGGCUUCUCGUUUGGGGGGCCCAGUUGCCUGCCUGGGUGGCAAACAAAAUAGCACAAUAUCCGAUCGACAGCUCUCCUUCCUCUGAUGUCCUUCUCUGUGGCCCGAGUGCCAGAUAAUAUCCGCCAUGUAUCUUACACCCAGAAAGAUCGGACAAAAAAGAUCAGCAAUGCACGGAAUAACACCUGCACUUAGCAACCCGCGCGCGGGUGGGCGACCCUGAACCCAUCAGCCCAUCAGUCCACCAGCCCACGAGCCCUGAGCCUCGGCGUCGGCGGCGACCUUUUGGCACUGGCCCAGAGUUUCCACAGGCAAUAGUCUCAUUGCAACUUCUGCACCAUGCAAUGUGCUAUGCGGGACUACCUAUGCAAGCAAAGCUCUUUCUCACCGCUCAAUUCUCUCGACCUCCAGGAGCAACAACCACCCACCGAAUCCAGAGUCGAUUCACCUUUGCACACGUGGAACUUGGUCCUGGCCCUGCUCCACCUUUCCCAGAAUGUCUGAGACGUUGUGGCGGAGUUUCGUUCUCGUAUCACCUUGUUUCCACAAAUUGCCCUGACCGGUGCACGCCGGGCCCAAUAGUCCUUCAGGCUUUUCAGAAAAUGCGCCGUCACCACCGUUUCUCGAGCCUCUCACAGGCACCCGAAGCUAUGCAAAAUGCAUCCUUUUAAUCCAAGUGGAUAUUAUUUCCUGCAGGCUUUCCUAACACCACUCAAUCUAUUGAAUAUUGGGGUCAGCCAAGCUUGAUUGGUAGCAUUUUUGACCCUUUGACCGUUGUCAGAGUGCCCCAAAGUAUCUCCUUUCCGAUGCUCCUUCUCGGUCAAACUGUCAGUUUUCAUCUCAAAAGCACACCUGUCAAGGAAUGGCAAUGUCGAAACACUGGUCCAAUGACCAAGAGAAAACAACACCAAACCUGUUCACGGGGCAACAAGUGCCCCGAAUACGUCAUUCUGGCGCGCCACCAACUUGCUCAAUGCCCGAAACUCGGUACAUGGGACCUUGGGCCCAAGUAAUCGCGUCCCCUGUGCGGGGUGUCCAAUCCUGUUUUCAGGACGCACUCCUUGAAGGAGCUGACCUCUUCCAUGACCAAAGAUCUGCCCGGGAAAGCCUAGACACCGAUCCAAUCAGAGACUGCAAGGCUCCCUUUUUGGCUGAUCCUCACCAAAUGGAGGACAAGCUUACUUCUAAGAACUUCUAUCGUUGGACCAGAUUCGGUUGGAGGAAAGAGACCUUGAUAUCGCACUUUAUCGACCUAGUCAACUGCCGAAUUGUCGCAGCGAACGUCGUAGAGCGGUUGAUCUUAUCUUCGAAUUACCUCGCGCUUCGGCUGCCUGACAAUCACUCCUCCAUUCAAGGUCAACACCGCCCGCGCAUCUUCCCCCAGCAGGAAAUUCUCCAACCACAUUUGACGAUUAUGGCGAUCACUUCCGCAAUUAUACUCGAGGCCACGGUUCUGGAAAUAGAUGUGACAAUCUACGUGACCUGCUGCAUCACAGGGAGCGAAUCUACCCGCUCUUAGCCGCACCUUGCAUCUCCGGGGUAUCCCAUACGGACGAAUUGCCGACGACAUGCUACCAUCCGGCCCAACGUCAGUUUCGUGGAUGUCCAAGUUCUGCCCCCUUAAAUAUCAGCCUGACUAGUCCCUGUCACAAUGCCUCACUCUCUCCUGAUCGUCCCCUGAUCGACCACUGUUGCAUGAACUGUCUGGGGCAGUCUGUCAGCUACCCUAGAAGCCCUCUGCCCUCCAAAGUGACCUCGGCGCUUGUGAAGGGGGGUGGACUUUGAGUGGGCACGAAUGCUUCAUACGCACCAUGCCCUCUAGCCGUCAAAGUCGUGCCCUCGUUCCAAUGUCUGAGGGACGUGACAGAUGAACUGACGGCAGAAACCCUUUCAACCUCAAUUUCCCAGCUUAUCGAGCCAACUGAGAGACCUUAUCGGGUUCUGGCCAGUCUCUUCUCAGAUUCCGCUGUUUGAGCAAUCGGUACGUGUAAAGGCUUUUUGGUCGUUGCAGCUGCCAUGGGAACUCACGACAACUGAACCUCGAGGUGAUUGGUCUACUGUGUUUGAACCCAACCCGUCUCCGAACUACAUGCUUGGGGAAGUCGAUCUUUGCGUGUAGGUGUGCAUGCGCUCGUCGGGACGAGUUAACCGCUGCGAGAGCAGGGGCGCCAGGCGCCAAUCCCAAUGGACUAACUAGAAUCAUCUUGGCCUCCAUGUCCACAGUUCUUUGUCUGUCCGCCCUGCCCUCCGACACAUUGCAGGAUGUGGCACCAUGUCAGAAGGAUGGUAUCACUAAUUGAUGGUGCAAGCGGAGCCAGGACCGAGCACAACCUUCUCUGGCACCAUAACUGGGCUAACUUUGUGACUGCCAGCCUCACUCUGUCAUUCGCCCGCAAAUAUCCUCUCCCUCAACCUCGCUCGGGUGGCCUUUCGACCAAUCCGGAGGGGGGUUUUCUUUUGGCUCUCCAGCAUCAAAUCUGUCAAGGAAUUCAUCCAUGCACAGGAAUGCCUCACUUUGACGGUGGAGCAUGUCAAUACCCGCGUCAAGCCGUGCUCGGACUCCUGGGCUGAAACUAGAUAUCUAGGUUCACCAAAGCAAGGAACUAAGGCCAAAGAGAAGCUGAGCCUGGUACAGAAAGCGCGCUCACAGGGCAAUCAUUCACAAAUGGCGCCCGGAUCAGAAUUCCGAGUUGAAACAGGGUAGCGGCAACAUUGAACGUAUGCUAUCACUUGACAGGUAUUUCGGAGAGCUUUCGUCCCCCUUGAUCAAAAGCCUUCAUCACACUCUUUCCAGGGAGUUGAAUUGUCGAUCCGUAAUUUGCGCGUCUGCAAACGCUAGGCCACCUCUUGAGCUCCCGUCUUCGCUUCCCAGCCAUGGUCCUCUAGACAAAUUGGUUUCCGACGUAUCCGAAUGAGGUCGACUUGGAAUUUGUCUACAGCAUCGACACCGCUGUGAUUUGCGUUGCGUUUUUCAGCUGGGGUCCAUCUUCUCGACGGCAAAAUCUCUGCCUACAUCCCUGUGGAGACAAUGCGAAGUGGUUGAUUACGCUGGCAAUGGGCUCUGAAGAGGGCCUUGAAAAGGGCUAUGAGCUGAAGGACCAAGUCCCCAGCUCCGGCGUAGUCUGGAUCUCUCAUUGUUCUGACUGGCUAGUUGACCCAGACCGGUGCCCGCUCACGCACGCCUUGGGACGGACAGGCUCCGAUGCUCUCUGUAUACCCUGGUGAUGCUCUUAUUACAAGGCACACAUGAUGUCCUUACUCACGGCCUCACGAUCAAACAGCAAGGUGGCCCAGGGCGACUUGCAAGAGCCUUUCGAAAGGACAAGAACAACCGACUUUGCAAGGUGCAAGCCCCCCAGACCUGGCCCUCCGGACCACGAAUCCCCCCAGCGAAUCGCCCUCCUGUCCUUCUUGCUCCUCUUCUGUUCUUGCCUCACGUCCUCGUCUCAUCUGACCCCCACAAGCAAGCAGCCUCUACAGAGACCCGAUACUUGAAGACGGCAGGGCAGAUAGACGGGAAUGGCAAAGGACAAACAGACGCACCACCAGUCAUCAAGCAAGGAAGAAGGGGGUACCGCACCGGCCCCCGACUCCCGGUGGAUGAUGAUACCAAGAACAGAAAAUCGACAUGAUUAUAUGAGAAACGGACUCUGGACGGAGUAAUACUCCUGGAAAUGCUCAGAUUGGAAAGCACUCCAAUUGACUAAAAGAGGUGAUUUCGGAUAUCCCUCAAGGGAAGAAAGAAAUCCAUGGACCUGGACGUGAGUAGAGGAGAGUCGAGCUGAUGUUUUUCGUCUUUGUUUCCUUCUUCCCCCUUCUCCAUUUUACGUCCGUCCAUCCAUCCUUCCGUGCAUCCGCCCUCGAUCGAGUCCAUGGGAAAAGACAGUG